UAGCAAAUCCCGCCCCCACGGCUGUUCCAUUUAAACGAUCAAAUUGUAAGUGAAGUUUAAAGAAUUGUGAAAUAGAAAAGGAAAACAUAUACAUGUAUAAUAUGUCAUGUAAAUUAAUAUCAAAGCAUAGUGAAUACUGAUACAGAUUUAGCAUUGAUCUGUCAACACUUGCGAUAAGUUUCUAUUUCAGAGAUUUGUUGGUAGGAGUAAACUGGAACAGCAGCAUUGUUUUGACACCUGAGCAUGGGUUUAAAUGGGGUAUUAGGAUGCGAAGCAAGUGGAAUGAUUUGGGUGUGAAUUGCGAUUAAAGAUGUAAAAAGAAAAUCAACAAGCGUUAAAGAAAAAAAAAAAUCAUGGUGUUCACAGGAUGGAAGGGCGCAGGUGCAUAUGUGACAAUUUAUAUCUGGAUUAUUUAUCUCUGCAAUAUAUGUGGUGUAUGUGGAGAAACUAGCGUCAUCGUGAUUCCUUUUACAAUCCCAGUGAACUCAUUGAUAACAAAACUCGCCUCUCGCCAUGCUGAGUUCGCCGUCACUGACAAACUUGCUCGGUCACUUUUCCACAUCUCAGAGGAUGGAAACCUGUCAACAAAAAUGGAAUUAUUCUCCCAUGUUGGAAGUUCAUUUUCGCUGACAUUUUCAAAUGAUUUUAACGAGUAUCCAUUCAUUGACAUUUUACACUUGAAUAUUAGCACCACAGCUGAUUUAAAAGCAUUUUCUAGUCAAACCUUUCAAGGCACAAUUCAAGAAAAUUUGCCACCUAAUUCAGAAGUGAGAUGGAAAGAAAGUAUUCAGAUUGAUUUUAGAGCAGUGACAUUUACACUAGAACCUUCAAAUAAUCAUUUUGAAGUGAUAGUUAAAAAAGACUCUCCUUAUAUUCAUUUGAAAAUUGUGUCUACAAGUUUGUUAGAUUGUGAAAAUGCAGGUGAAUAUGUUUAUAUUUUGAAAGCAUGGAUGAAUGACACUUCUUUCACAUCCACCAUUCUGAAAAUCAAAGUUCUUGAUAUCAAUCGUAGCAUUCCAAAAUUUUCACAGAAAAUUUAUCGAGCAACAAUUUAUGAUAGUCUCAUUGGUGUACCUAGUACCCGUAUACUGAAAGUCUCUGCCAUUGACCAAGAUACAGAUGAAAUUAUUUACAGUCUAAGUGAUACAUCUGUCUUUACCAUUAAUCCCAACUCUGGACAGCUGUCUGCCAAAGCAGUACGUCUUGGAAGUCAUAACUUUAAAGUCUAUGCAACAGAUACCAAUGGAAGACAGUCGCAAGCAUGUGUGUCAAUUCGUGUCCUUCCCAGUACUCUUAAGUUCAGACCAUUCCAUCAAAUUUCCAAACGACAGACCAAGUUCAUGACUGUAGAGAAAUCUUAUGUGGUUCUCGAAAAUCAAACAAUUGGAACUGUAGUCUUCAGUGUUGCCUCCAAACCAGCACCGCCCCCAGGAACCGAGUUCUACUCCAUUUUGUACGACUCUAUUCAGGCCUUCCAGGUGGAUACGAGGGGAAAUGUGUACCUGAAGAGUGGCCACACCCUGGAUUAUGAGAACCCCCGACACAGAAAUGUCACGCUCCGCUUCAACAUUACCUCGUCUCUCUCUAAAGAUUACCAAAUAUGGACGGUGCAUUUGAAUAUCACAGAUGUAAAUGAUGAAAAGCCAACAUUUGUGAACCAGCCUCGUCCUUUCCUGGCAACAGUACCGAUCAAUCCGAGGGUUGGAGAACUAGUGUAUGAACUUCUAGCGACAGAUCCCGACACAAACUCUGAUAUCCAAUAUAACCUGGAGUCUGCUGGCGAAGGGAAAUUUACUAUAGAGCACAUAGACAGAGACAUUGGUCGCCUUGGCCGAAUCGUGACAACGGUCAGUGGAAAUGGACAGUUUGACCUUGGCCAGGAGUACGAGCUUGUGGUAUCAGCUCAGGACCUUGGAUCUCCCACUAUACAGAAGUCGAACUUCGAGGUCGUCAAAGUCUUGGUUGGGUCCAGGCCUCCUCAGUUUUAUCACAAUCCAUAUAUUGCUUUCAUCACAGAAAACAACCAAGCGGGAUACAAGUUGCAGUCUGACGGUACAACUCUCAUUGUUCAAUCCAAAGUCUUCCAGUCCAAAUCUGACAAGGCAGCCAUUGACUACCAGCUGACGGACAGCAAUGGUUACAUCAGCUCAGUGUUCUCCAUAAACUCUGAUGGUGAGAUCGAGGCUCUACAGAGUCUGGACUACGAGACGUCUCCCCACACCUACAAACUCAAACUUGUGGGGACCGAAAGGUCGACAGGACUCACCAAUACCUCCCAGCUGAUUGUUCACCUGGAAGAUGACAAUGAUAAUGCUCCAGUCUUUGAAUUGUCCACCUAUACCAAUGUUACAAGCGAGGGAACACCUGUCAACUCUGUCUUGUUUUCAGUGACAGCCACAGACAAAGAUGCUGGAUCCAAUGCAGAGCUGACCUACACUGUCAGUGAUGAUAACUUUUACAUGGAAACAAGGAGAGAUCCCGUUAGUGGCAGAUACAUAGGAGAUCUGAAAGUAGCAAAGCGAUUAGAUUAUGACAAUCGUGCGGAUCGCCAGUACACAUUUGAUGUCAAGGCCACAGACCAUGGUAACAAAUCGUUCUCAGGACAAGCCAGUGUUGUUCUGUAUGUUACUAAUAUUAACGACGAGGCUCCAGUCUUCAGUGAGGAGAAAGAUGAUAUUGUUGCGAAAAUUCGAGAGGACCAGAAGGCAGGAAGUUAUGUCACAACGGUACAAUCUGUGGACCCUGAUGGAGACAACAUCGAAUAUUUUUUCUCUCCCAAGCAUCAGAUAUCAGAAAAUUCCCUGUUCCGAAUUGAGCCCAGUUCUGGAAUAAUCUCCUUGACCAAUACAAUUCCUCCCAGCAUUCCCAGCUACAUUUUAAACAUUACGGCAUAUGAUGAUGGGAGUUGCUGCGGAGGGUAUCCACGUCUCAGCAGUAGCUCCUUUGUCAUCAUCAUGAUUAUGGACAUCAACAAUAACAAUCCCACAUUUCCCAGCUGCAGUUAUGCCCCGUCUGUGUUGGAGAACCAACCUCCGGGAACCAGAGUUGUGGAUGUUUUGGCCACAGAUCCAGACAGGGGAGAAAAUGGUAAAAUUACUUACUCUGUUGUGACACCCAACAACCAGGAACAAAACUUUGAGGUCAAUCCAGAAAAUGGGACGGUAGUUACCAAACGGAUGUUCAACCGUGAAAGUGAGGCUGGUCUCCGUGGUUACUCUGUCACCAUCAAAGCUGAGGAUCAUGGCGAAUCACAGCAGCUGAACACUCUGUGCACAUUUUGGGUGAGAAUUCGAGAUCUUAAUGACAAUCCGCCCGUGUUUGAUACAGAGUCGUACAUGCAGACAGUUGUUAGGAGUAGCAGUGUGAACAAGAGGAUCAUGGGCGUUUUGGCCGUGGACAGAGACAAAGAAAGGAAUGCAGAAGUGCAGUAUUUCUUGGUGGAUAAUCCUGGGGACUAUUUCAGAGUGGACUCAGACACUGGGGGACUCUAUCUGCAGAAAUCCUUAACAUCUGUGCCUCUCUACCAGGAGAAGCUCAUUCUGAGGGUGAUGGCCAAGGAUAAAGGAACUCCACCAUUGUCUUCCAAUGCUACCAUAACCAUUACCUUGACAACGGGAAACCAAAAUCCUCCCACUUGGAACAACAACUAUGAAGGCCAAACGUAUUUGGUCAAUGAGACAUCCCCCAUUGGCUUCCCGAUAGCCACAUUCAGUGCCACGUCGCAUGUGGAUCCUCCACUAGAUGGAAUUAGUUUUGCAUUGGUGGAUUCCAAUGGAAAUUCCCAGCAGACAGUGGAGAACUUCCGCGUGGAUUCACAAGACAAGACCAUGAAGCUUAAAGUGGCUAAUCAGCUGGACGUCAGUGUCAAGAGUCUGUAUACCCUUAGACUGAGAGUGACAAACCAAGGCCUGACGCCUCUCUCUGACGAGAUUAGAAUCAGUGUGACGGUGCUGGACAUGAACAACAAGCAGCCCCAGUUUGAAGGCUUAGACCCCACGCUUAGUAACUCCUACAGAGGCAGUGUCCCAGAAAAUGAGGACCCAGGGCAGUCUGUCAUCACAGUCAAAGCUGUGGAUCCUGAUCUCCAGGCACCAAAUAAUGUGGUGAGCUACAGCCUGGUACCAGACAAGUAUGAAGCCUAUAAAAAGUUCCAAAUAGAUUCCCUUAGUGGUUUAAUCUCCACCAACUUCACCUUCGAUAGAGAAACUCUGAAGGUGUACUACAUCACAGUGAUGGCACAGGAUGGACGGGCCUCCGAUAUUCCUUACCACGAGCCUCGAGGAUCGCCCAACAGUGCCACUACCCAGGUGAUGGUGACCAUUGCUGACAAGAACGACAACACCCCUUACUUUGAGAAAUUGCUGUAUGAGAAGGAGGUGGAUGAACAGCCAGCUGACAGCAGUAAAUCCAUCCUGACAGUCCAGGCCAGGGACAUCGACGAUGCUGAUACCCUCACUUAUACAAUAACAAGUGGAAAUACAGGCAAUGUGUUCGGCAUCAAGUCUAAGACGGGUGAUAUUUAUGUUGCAAAAGAUUUGGAUUUUGAAACUCCACCAAAUCUCUACAAGCUGAACAUUACUGUAAAUGACGGUUACCAUAGCAACUACACAGAGGUCAAGAUUCGAGUGAGGGACAUAAAUGACAAUGCACCAGAAUUUUCUCAGUCAGAGUAUAUAGUAACAGAUGUGGUGGAGGAACAACAGCCACCAGCUGAAGGACUGAUCCUGAUACAGGUUAGUGCAACAGAUAAGGACACCUCCAGGCUAACCAAUUUCAGAUACAGUCUGAACACAGAGUAUGGUGAUACAUUCCAAAUCAACCCACGGACAGGGGUGAUAACUCUUCACAAAUCUCUGGACCGGGAUCUUCCCUAUGGCCACGCUGAGUACCAGUUUAAUGUUCUAGUUGUGGAUGAACCCAACACUGAAAGUGCACUGGUUGGAUAUGCCUAUGUCAAGAUCAAACCUCAAGACAUAAAUGACAAGGUUCCAGAAUUUAGGGGUGACCUGACUGGUUUUGUCCCAGAAAACUCAGAAAAAGGGAAAAUUGUGAUGACAGUGCGUGCUAUUGAUUACGACUUGGGAGAAAAUGGCACUGUGUACUACACGCUGGGAAACAAUCGGCCCGCAGACCCAAACACUGGUGACAGUUUAUUUACUAUAGACAGCAUCACAGGACUGGUCAGAUCCAACACAAACACACUGGACAGAGAGAAAGUCAGCCUGUAUUUGUUACCAGUGGUCGCGACAGACCGAGGAAAAAUUCCUCUCAGUCGUACCGACACACUAACCAUUAAAGUUACAGACAAAAAUGAUGAGAGGCCCAAGUUCAACAAGAAGAUCUACAAAGCCACACUGCCGGAGAGCCAGAAGUCUGGCUUGAUUAUCACAGUAGCUGCUACGGACGAUGAUAUAGGGAACAAUUCUAAACUCACUUACUCCUUGAAAAGUGACCUCAACUUCUUCUCCAUCAGUAGCUUGCCUUCCAAUAAAGGGGCCCUCAAUGUCUACAUACCUGUGGAUUAUGAGGAACCAGAGCAAAGGUUCUUUAACCUAACAGUGAGAGCCCGAGAUAACAACCCCCUGCAUUAUGAUGAAGCUCACAUUGAAAUCACUGUCACCGAUGCCAAUGAUGAAGCACCCAAGUUUACAGAACCAGUCAAAACGGACAAGUUUCCUGAGAAUAUUCCAGAGAAGUUUCUGCUUCACACCUUCACAGCGUAUGAUAAGGACAGCUUUCCCAAUAAUCAAUUCUAUUUCCAAAUUCGAGAACAUUCCGAUCGGUUUUAUGUGGAACAAGAAGGGAAUCAAGCACAUGUGAAGAUUCAGGCUGGUUUGGAUGGUCAAACUUUGGACAGAGAAACAAAUGACCAUUACAGCAUCCAGAUCCUGGCUAUUGACAAAGGCAUUCCACCACGAACAGGCACUGCCACUCUAAGAAUAAAGGUGACUGACAUCAACGACAACCCACCCACCUUUGCUAAGAAUUAUCGACCCAUCGUGAUGGAAGAGGUGGAUCCCAUUGUAACAGUGGGAACCUUCAGCGCUAUAGACCCAGACACCCUGAAGUAUGGCCCUCCAUUUAUCUUUGAGCUUCCACCAUGUAAAGAGAACCCCACUUGUCAUAAUGGAGAUGAGACAUUUUCUCUUAUUUUUAAUCCAGAUGGUGCUAAGGGAAACGGGACUUGUACAAUUCUCGCCAAUAAACGAUUUCUGAGAGAGCAGCAGAAGUUUUACCACCUGCCUAUCAUCAUGAGAGACAUUGGUGGCAGUCCCCAGCACAGGAGUGGCACCAGCACCUUAACCAUCGAGAUCGGAGAUAAAAAUAAUAAUCAACACACGGACGGCUUCAAGGAGAUUUUUGUCUACAACUACAAGGGUAUGUUUGGAGAUGUAGAGAUAGGCCGGGCUAAUGCGGAUGAUCCGGAUGACUGGGAUUACAUAGAUAAACACUACAGAAUGAUCAGUCCUGUAGGGAUGGAGAAAUUCUUCAAUGUCAGCCAAAUCAAUGGCACCAUUACAAUGAUGAGAGGAGUUCCAGCAGGAAUAUUUGAGUUCAAGGUAGAGGUUCAUGAUUUUAAAGUGUUCACCAAGAUAAAUGCCACGGCCACCAUCAGGGUCAUUGUCAAGGAGAUCUCUGAAGAGGCUGUGUUUAGAUCAGGAUCCAUCAGAUUAGCAGGAAUUACAGCUGAGGAGUUUGUAGAAGUUUCCAAUGACCUCUCAGCCCAGAGUCAUUACGACAAAUUCCACAGACUCCUGGCCGAGAAGUUGCGAGUACAGAUGUCUUACGUGGAGAUCUUCAGUGUGAUGAGGAAUGGCCUCUACACCGAUAUCAGAUAUGCAGCACAUGGGUCACCCUGGUACCCAGCCAACAAACUGGACGGCAUCAUUGCCAUCAACAAAGAUGAGUUUGCUGCCGUAGCUGGGGGCCAGAUUGUGAUGGUGAACAUUGACGAGUGUCGGAAGGAGAUCUGUGAGAGUGGAGGCUGCUCCAAUGUGUUGGUGGUGGACGAGAGGAAACCUAGCGUUGUUAACACGAAGACCAAGACAUUUGUGGGGCUGGGGACCAAGGUAGUGACAGAGUGUCUAUGUAAAGCCAAGGAUUUCUCCAGGCCUCUGAAGUGUACUCCUGACUACUGCUUUAAUGGAGGGACCUGCGUCGAGGACCACUGGGGAGAUAUCAAGUGUGCAUGUCUUCCCAUGUUUGACGGAUUCCGUUGCCAGCAGACGACACAUAGUUUCUCGGGAGGAUUCACCCUCUACCCGCCUCUAGCUCAGUGCGAGGAGAGCAUCACCAGCAUCGAAUUUGCCACUUUGAAGGAAAGUGGACUUGUCUUCUACAAUGGGCCUGUGGACGAGAUGGAGAAAGGAGACCCCCAGGAUUUCAUCUCGCUUGCAUUAAUUCAAGGUUACCCUGAAUUGAUUAUAAACCAUGGCACAGGAGCUGUAACUCUUCGAGUUAUUGGUAAAGACAAAGGUGGGAUCACUAGAAUGCCGGUUUUGAAUGAUGGUGCCUGGCACCACCUCAGCAUCAUUCGUAAAGGAAGGGAAGUGACCUUGACUGUGGACCACUGUAGAAAUGCCCAGUUUGAUACACAUAGUGAAAAUCGAGAGGACAGGAAACCUUGUGAGACUACCGAGUCCACAUCAGGACAAAAUAAAUACCUAAAUGUUAACCAGAUGCUUCAGAUGGGAGGGCGAUACGCCAAUCCAGGCUUCCCGCAGGGAAUCACACAGGAAAGAUUCGAGGGCUGCAUCAGGAAUUUGUAUCACAAUGGCGAAUUGUAUGAUUUGUAUACCAGUUUUGAUCACCCAGGAGAGAAUCACGGAAACGGCUGUCCUGCUGAGGAAUUGGCCUGCAGUGGCCUGAAUGGUAAGAGGUGUGGUGACGAUGGCACCUGUCAGAUGGUGACCCUCGGACAGUCAGACGUGGAGUGUGUUUGUAAACCAGGUUACCGUCCUUCAAGACCAGACUCCAUCAUGUGUGAUACAGAAACCACAAUCAGAGACUUCACCAAGAGAGCCUACAUGACUUGGAGUUUGAAAAAUAACUUUUUCAACUUACUGAGGAAAGAUGAAUUAGACGUUCACAUCAAAUUCAGGACUCGGGAUCGUGAUGGAGGGGUGCUUCUUCACCUACCAUCUAACUCCUAUGAAUACAUCUCAUUGCAGAUCAUCAGUGGCCGUGCAGCCGUGGUGUACAAUUUGAAGGAUUAUGAUAACUCGAUGAUGGAUAAUGUAAUUUCCCUCUCUGCGGCACCAGCCUCUAAUGGUCAGUGGCACAGUCUAUCAAUGAAAAGGAUUGGACGAUGGUUCCAGCUGAAGAUGGACGGUGGAGAGGGACGGUAUUACAAUGAAACCUGGGGUUCAAUACACGAUAGCCAAUUCUUCAACCUCAAGAGGGACCAGAUUGUGUCGGGGAGUAUGGUGAAAUUUAAACCCAAUGCUGAAUCACAUGGCAAAGAUCUGAGUGAAACCUGUGUUACAGACAUCAGGAUUAACAACAGGUGGUUGCCCAUGAUGAUUGAAGAGAAUCAACUCAGCAAGGCAGCAGAAGUUGACCUGAUAUCUAAGGUCAAAAUGGGAUGUAUCCGUGACGAUUGUGCCCAGGUCCUUUGUCCACAGGGUCAAAGUUUGGGGCAGUCCAUCAAACAAAUCUGUGUCCCUGUCUGGGGAGAUCAUGAAUGCAGAUGCCCGCCUGGUACUGAGGCUGGGGUUGGAAAUCUCUGUCUGGAGAUGGACCACUGUCGGGGAAUUAACCCGUGUAAAGCAGGAGGUGUGUGUAUAAAUCUGCCAUUCCCUCAAACCUUCCGGUGUAUGUGUCCUAAGGGCUGGACUGGUCCCACUUGUAACCAGCAGGCCAGCACAGUGGAGGAAGUGAUGACCGCUGGUGGCAUUAAAAUGGAAGUCCUCGUCAUCAUUAUCGUCAGCCUCAUUGCAGUCACUUUCAUCGCCUUCUUGGUGUUUUUGCUCUGGCGGUCACUAAGCAAGCGAGACAAUCGUAAGUCCAUUCUGUUUGAUGACCAGUACGAUGACAUCAGAGAGAACGUCGUCAACCAUGAUGAAGAAGGGGCGGGUGAAGAAGAUCAAACAUGUUAUGAUAUUACCAGACUACGGAAACCAGAUUCUAGCUUUGACAGAGGAUAUUACUACUCAACAUUAUGUUCAAAGUACAAAAAAGGUGUACCACUGGGUAGCCCAGAGGUUGAUGCUUUUAUUUGUGAUCGUAUCCAGGAUUUAGAUGAAGACCCUGUAGCACCCCCACAUGAUAGUGUAAUGGUGUUCUCGUACGAGGGUGGGAGCAGCACUGCCGGGUCUCUGAGUUCACUGAACACAAACAGCAGUGAUAACGAUCAAGACUAUGACUAUCUGAAUGACUGGGGACCAAAGUUUUCAUCUCUUGCUACCAUGUACAAGUGGACUGAAGAGGACUAGAACUCGUUACAAACUUCAAUGAUUAUUUUCACAAACAGAAUGUUUUGUACCAAAGAUCAUAUUCCGUGUGUGCACUAGUCAAGGGACGCAACUGUCUAUUUAACGUGUGUUGAUGUCCUCAAUUUUUUACAUGUGAGAUUUAUACUGUAGAAGAUAAAUUUCCAAUUUUCAAAAGCAUGUUAAUGAUGUAGAUGUGUGCAAAGGUUUAUAUGUUCCUGAAGCUUUUAACACAAUAUGUGUUACAUUAGUGUAUGGUACAUCAACAUUAACGUUUUCCAUAGUCUAUUUUCACACCUGUCUGUUGAAGGUUAUGAGAUCUGCAUCUUAUCAUUCAUGAUUAUGAUAAUCACUUGUUUACAUGACUACGCAAACAAUAAACCCUAUUAUCAUGGAUCUGUUUUCCCACCAAAAAACAACUGUGCCAAAAUCAUAUUUAGCCAAUUUUGAUCAAAAUUUUCAUUCAUUGUCUGCUGAUCAUUGAGACUUAUGAUAAAAAGGUUGUCUUUUAGAAUGCCUUUAUUUAUGGGAUCAGCUACUAUUAUAGUUUUGUUGGAGGUACCAAUAAUCACUUUCUUCUUUCAGCGUUGUAUCUUGUAUGUGGUUUUUCAUUGGUUAGUGGUAGUGUGGUGCUUGUUACUGAAUUUGAUCAUCUGUACUAUUAGAUUGUGUUAAAAUGUGCCUGAUAUAUAAAAAACAUAUUAAGUUUUGCAGAAAAAGAGGACUCAAAUGGCCUUGUUUUAUUUCGAUCAUACUCAUGCACAUUGGCCAGUUUUAUCAGCAUAGAAUCAUCAAAUUUAUUGAAUGGGAAAAUGAUAAUAAAAGAAAACCAUAUGAUAGUAAUUUAAAAGGAAAGAGCAUUUUAUUUUUGGUUUUAUUAGAUGAUUUUGAAACUUUUGUAAAUAAAUAUUGUUAAGACUCAGAAAGAGCCUAGAUUUUUAGAACUGUCUUUAGGUUUAACAAAGAAGUUUGAGAUGAAUCUCUGUAUGCAAAAUUAAAGUCUUAGUGAAGCACAGUGAAAUAAAAUUAAGUAGUAGAAAUGAGUAGGGAGCAUUUGAAAAGGUGGAGACAAAUGGUACCUUCCCAGCAUACCAAAUCUACAAUUUAAUGGUUGUGAGCAUUGGAAUAAGUGAUCUUAUAGGUUUAAAUUGAAUCAGGUUAGUUUCUAUGUAAACAUUCCAGUAUUUUCCCAUUGUAUGAGGUACAUUAGUGUUAAUUUAUGUAAUGUUUCAGUGUCACAAGUUAUUUGUAUUUAAGUAAUUUGCACAUUGUCAAGUCUUUGUCAGGUGGUAAGUAUGCUAAUUCGGAGUCAGAAAUUUCAAUGAGUGUAUUUGCUUAGUAGUACCAUAUGAAGUACUAUAUUAGAAAACUACAGUGACUUUCAUGAAUCCCUUUCCAAUAAUUUUGGAUUAUCAUCACAUUGUGAAGUCAUUUAUAUCUGUAUGCUGUAUGUAUGUGUGUGUAGGCUGAACAUACUAAGCACUUUGGAUGUGAUUUGUAUAGCAAUGAACAGUAUUUUUUAUAGAGAGUUUAUUGUUCUCUUUCAUCAAAACUACUGUGUUACAAAAAAAAUCAGAUUAGUGGUGAAGAAGCUUUAAUAGUAUUUUUGAAAUUAAAGGUGAAUGCAAAGCAGUUGUUUCCAUUAUUCUGGCAUAUCAAGUGAGGUUAGAUUUUGGAUUUAAGUACCCUUUUUUAUGUCAAUGUGCUGUAUUGGUAGUGUAAUAGUAUUUGUGACUUUACAGUGCACAAUGUGCUGUAUUGGUAGUGUGAUAGUAUUUGUGACUUUACAGUGCAAGCCGUGUUGCUGUUGCUAUUCUUCAUGUGCAUUCAAUAUUAAACUAUAUAAAUUGGAGUAUGCUCUUCCAAGUGAAAGUAUGGUAUUUGAAUAACAUCUGAACAUGUAUCCUUGGACUUGAGUUUUGAAAACUUUUUCCUUGAUUUGUAUGUUGUGUGCAUGUUUAUAUUUGACCAUGUGUGGAGAAUUACAUGUUGGAUGUAAUCUUUCUGUAAUAUUCAUGUAAAUUUAUUAACAAAAUGUUGGAUUUUAAUUGUAUCACUGCAUAUGCUUAAAAGUGCAUGAACAUGUCACUUCUGCAAGGUGCUCGAAAUCUGUAGUAGAUGCAAUUUUCUCCAUGCCAGUAUUUUGCCAAUGUGUACUUGUUUUAAUUAUUUUGAGUCAAAGUGGUUGUGAAUUGAUUAUUUUUAAAACUUUGUUGCUUUAAUAGUAGAUAAAAUUAUUUUAUUCUGUUGAUUUACACCUUCGUUUUAAUAUCUUAUUUCCUAUUUUAUAUUGUGGGUUGUUGUUUUUUUUUUUUUGGAACCUAAGAAUGACUGGUUUUAGUAAAAUUGAAAAAUCAUACAUUAAACAGCUGAAUAGUUCAUUCAGCAGGGUACAAAGAGAUUAUAAAAUGACCUUCGUGAAAGGUGAACAAUGUCUGCUGUAUUGUUAUGAGGUUGUUAUUCUGCUCCGUCAUUAUUUUUUGUGCAAUACUUUCCUUGUCUCUUUUGUUUGUUCUUUUUUUUUUUUCAGAUGCAAGGCUUUACAGCUUUUGUAGUACACUGUAUCAAAAAGACGUAUUCAGAUCAUAGUGUUGUGAAAAAUUAGUUUUUGCCAUCUUUUCAUAUUUUGAAUAAAAAUAUAUUUGAAAAAAAU